GAGGGCAAUUGCUAUCACGUGACAUGGGGAAAAACCUGACACGGGCGCGUAGGUGUGACGCGCCGUCAUUUCGCUCCCGUUUGUUGUUUCUUUGUCCUAGACUUCUACCUCCUCCACCAUGAGCAAAAGGAACCAGGUUUCGUACGUGCGGCCAGCUGAGCCCGCCUUCCUGACCCGCUUCAAGGAGCGAGUCGGCUACCGGGAAGGGCCUACUGUGGACACCAAGAAAGAGCAGCUGCCAGCUGCUGAGGAUGAUGACAGAAGUGACAAUGAGGAAGAACAGCCACAGGUGAUUGUAUUGAAAAAAGGGGAUCUGACUGCAGAAGAGGUGAUGAAGAUUAAAAAGGAGAUUAAAGAGUCUUCCAAGGCCACAGAUGAAGAAGCUGAUCCUGGAGAUGAAAAGAUUGUGUUUAGGAAGCCUCCCAAGCGUUCAUCAGAAGAGAAAUACUCUGGUUUGACUGCCACAUCAAGUAAGAAGAGAAAAGAGACAAAGAAGAUUUCUCCAACCUCCCCAAAAACAGCUAAGCAAGUGAAAAAUAUUAGCUUGCUUUCAUUUGGCGAAGAUGAUAGUGAUGAUUAGGAGCAGAUUUGGAUUUAUACGCAGCUUUACUUUAUAGGCAAAAAGUUAAGCUGAGUGCAUCAUGGAAGCAGACACAUUAUAAGCAGACUUAUUUUUAAUUUGAAUGCACAUCUAUAGUUGUGAAAGGUCUUUGAACAAAGCCCUGCCAAGAUAAAAUCCUGACAAGUAUCAGUUUAAUAUUCCACAUAAUGACACAGGGCAUGGAAUCUUUAUGGAUGCACAUAAACAUUUUCAGAGGAAUUUUAUCUGCCAAACAUUUCCGCUUUUUUGUUUCCCCAAGAACAUCAUUGUCAAAAGAUGGCACCCAUAUGUACAUGUUUACUGAAUUACACCUGAUUACACUAACAUAGGAAUGUAAGGUCUGCUUACUGUGGACUAAAAAUGUAUAAUGUUGCUCUUACAAAGCUUUCUGUUGUAUCUCUAAGGACUGAAAUAAUUGCUGGGAUUCUGAUCACACUGAGCAUAUUGAUUUCAAAAGAGUAACCCUGCCGCAGAGUGUCCUUUAGUGGAAAAAUAUUUGGAAGUUCAGUGUGUUCUGUAACCAAGAAUGGAUUGUGUGUCACUACAAAACACGUUGCAGGAUUAACAAUCUAAAGCUUCAUCAAGGAGCUGAUCUGAAGUUGCUGUGUGCAACAGCUGUUUUUAGUAUAGCUGAUAUUUUAAUGCCACUAUUGAAUAGCUUUGUUAAAUUAUUUUCUGUUUAUUUCAGUUUUUGCUCACUGUUCUGAAAAUAAAACUGUUUUCUACCAGUCUCUGUCUUAAGCUUUCUUAACAGUAUGUUCCCAUAUUAUAAAUGAUUAUCCUUUAAACUGGAACAUAACAGAGGCCCUAAACAUAUGGAGACUGAAAAGACCCCAAUGAAUGGAUUAUCCAGUCUAACUCUGAGUCUUAAGAAAGGAUAUCCUAUUUCUAAAGCAUUCAAGACAGAUGCUUAUCUAUAGCCCUCUCUGCUUUGAGGGGUUUUUCCUGUCUAACUUAUUUCUUGUACGGCCUCACAUCAUUUCUGAUAGCUGAGUGCACAAACUAUGGUCAUGCCAUUGAGUUUUAUUCUAUCCCGCCACUACUUCCUUCCCCCAUUGGCUCCUUGACAGAAGUUGAACACGGCAUCUCUUUUGGAGCAGACUGUGAAACUGUUCAGCAUGGUCAACUACUGCCUGUGGAGAGGAAGCCCUCCAGAGAGGAAUAGAAGGGGUCAUUGCCCAGUUUUAGAGUUGUGGACCUUCAGCAGGCUUCUCCUGGAGACACUAUUCAGAAAGAUAUCUAUGAUGGGCAUCUUCCCAUAUGGGAUUUGUGCGUGCAUUUUUGCAUGUAUCC